AUGGAAGGCAUGGAAGGCAUGGAUAUGGGCAGCACCAGCUCCUCGCACAGUAUGAGCUCCUCGAGCUCAAUGGGCAUGUCUAUGGUAUUCAAAAAUACCCAUGACACGCCGCUUUUCUCCGAUGCUUGGACUCCCUCAUCCUCGGGUAGCUUCGCAGGCACAUGUAUUUUCCUGAUUGUUCUCGCUAUCAUCGACCGAUUCCUCAUCGCUUUUAAAGCAACUAUGGAGCGCCACUGGCUCGCUACACAUCUCAACCGACGAUAUGUCACUGUAGCUGGCAAAAGCACCGAAGCUGGCAACAUUGACUCCGACCCGGACGCGAAAGUUGCAUCGCUCAUCACCGCGCAGGGUGUUGAGGAGUCAGUCAAAGUUGUGCACAACAUCACUCAUGGGCCAAUGCCCUGGCGCUUCAGCGUUGAUCUACCGCGAGCAGUUCUAUUCCUAUGCAUUGUCGGCAUAUCCUAUCUACUCAUGCUAGCGGUCAUGACUAUGAACAUCGGCUAUUUCUGCUCGGUGCUUGCAGGCGCUUUCCUCGGGGAAUUGGCGGUCGGGCGUUUCAUUCAAAGUAAUGAGCACCGACACUAA